AUGGACAACGUCCAACGCUCGUGCCUUCAGCGGCUCGCUCGCAGCUCAAAAUCUUGCACCCGAGCACCAGCCCAAGCCAUGGCGCCACCACGGCCACGCGUGCAGUGGCCGGCUCCGACGUACAGACCACGUCCACCGCCACUAGCGCUCGUGUCCAAGGCAAGCUGCUGCUGUAGAGCUCCGACUCGCCCAACAGCCCGCUCAGGGAGUGAUGGCCGCGGCGUGAGAGGGGAGGCGGCGGCGCUGGACGCCGUCAUAUCGAGCGGGGAGACAGAGCUCGACGUGGAGCUGCUGUGGGACGAGGCCCUGGGCGCGCCCGGCGCAGUGCUGGUGACAAACAACUCCGACUUCCCCGUGUACCUGCAGCUGCUGAGCCUGAGCUCGCCGGCCGUCCACUUCGUCUGCAACGGGUGGGUCUAUCCCGUCGGGAAGCACCCAUACCGCCUCUUCUUCACCAACGACGCGUACGUGAAGGAGAAGACGCCGCCGGCGCUGCUCAAGGACAGGGAAGACGAGCUCCGCCUGCUCCGGGGCGAGGGCGCGCCGGCCGGCAAGCCGCUGCAGAAAUGGGACCGCGUGUACGACUACGCGCUCUACAACGACCUGGGGAACCCCGACCUGCGCGAGGACCUGGCGCGCCCGGUGCUGGGAGGGUCCAAAGAGUACCCGUACCCUCGCCGGACCAGGACCAGCCGGCCUCCGAGCAAGGUAGAUCCCUCGAGCGAGACCAGGGCGUCACUGGAGGAAGGGAUCUACAUCCCGUGCGACGAGCGGACCGGCGGCGUGGCCGCGGCGCCCAACCUUCCCAAACUCGACGGCCACUUCGGGUCGUUGGCGGAUGUCCACGGCCUUUUCGACAGCAACGCCAAGCCCUUCCCGUUCCCCGUCCCCCAGGUCAUCUCAGCGAAUCGAACAGCUUGGCGGACGGAUGAAGAGUUCGCCAGGCAAACACUCGCUGGGGCAAACCCUCUGUCCAUCGAGCUCGUCACCGGUCUCCCACUCACGAGCAAGCUUGACCGGGCUGUGUAUGGUGACCAAGACAGCAAGAUAACCAAAGAGCACAUUGAGAAGAACUUGGGAAACAUGACUGUGGCGCAGGCUAUAGAAAAGGACAGGUUGUAUGUUGUGGAUCACCAUGAUUGGGUGAUGCCGUACCUGAAGCGCAUCAACGAGCUGCCAGGUGACGAGGAGAAGGGCGAGAUCUCCCAGAGGAAGUCGUACGCCACGAGGACGCUCUUCUUCUUGCAAGACGACUCCACACUCAAGCCGCUGGCGAUCGAGCUUAGCUCGCCGCACCCCAAGGAUGAGCGCCUCGGCGGCACCAGCACGGUGUACACUCCGCCCGACGAACUCAAAGCCGGCGAUGCCGCCUCCGACACCUUCACGGCAUGGGACCUCGCCAAGGCCCAUGCCGCAUCCAACGACGCAUGCAAGAACAACUAUGUCCUCCACUGGCUGAGGACGCACGCGACGAUGGAGCCGGUGGUGCUGGCGGCGAACCGGCAGAUGAGCGUGCUGCACCCAAUCCACAAGCUCCUCAAGCCGCACUUCCGCAAUACCUUGGACACAAAUUCCACGGCGCGACACAUUGUCAUCGGCUCCGGCGACGAGCGACAGGGCGGUGCCUUUUACCGCAACAUGCACGAGGUCAACUUCUUCACCGGCAAGUACGGCAUGGAGAUGUCUUCCAAGGCAUACGCUUCAUAUAACUUCACCGAGCUCGCUUUCCCCAACGAACUCAUCAAGCGAGGCGUGGCGAGAGGCGAUCCGAAGAAGGCUGAGGAGCUGGAGCUGCUGAUAAAGGACUACCCGUACGCGGUGGACGGGCUGGAGAUCUGGACCGCCAUCAAGGAAUGGGUCACGGACUACUGCGCGAUAUACUACGCCGACGGCGACGGCGCCGUCGCGGGCGACAGCGAGCUGCAGGCGUGGUGGAGCGAGGUGCGAAACGUGGGCCACGGCGACCUGCGCGACGCGCCGUGGUGGCCGGCGAUGGACUCCGUCGACGACCUCGUGGAGACCUGCUCCACCAUCAUCUGGCUCGGAUCGGCUUACCACUCGGCCGUCAGCUUCGGGCAGUACGCGUACAACGGCUUCGUCCCCAACCGCCCCACCAUCACCUCCGGAGAGAUGCCGGCCGACGCCAAAGCGGCGGUGACCGAGGCCGAGUUCCUCGGCAGCAUCACCCCAAAGACCGAGACGUUCGGCCUCAUGGCGCUCACCAUGAACCCGCCGGUGAAGCCCGGAGAGCCGCUCAUGGGGGAGCGGCCAGACACGGAGCAGUGGACGAGCGAGCAGCGGGCGGCCAAGGCGCUGCUCGAGUUCAACUCGAAGCUGGACGCGAUCGCGGAGGCCGUCAAGAAGAGGAACGCUGACGGCGCGCUGCGGAACCGGAACGGGCCCGUGGAGGUGCCCUACACGCUGCUCGCGCCGAGGGCCGACCCUACGGUACCCCACGUCGGCGGGAUUCCCAACAGCAUCGCCGUGUGA